UCCUCCCUCCCCAGCCUUUUUUUUUUUUUAAUCGCACAUUGAACAAACACAUCCAAGUGACUGCCAAGCUGAAACUGACAAGGGGUUGUCUCUACUUCGGAGAAAGGGGCGCGGGGCUGUCCAGGAGAAGCAGCCUCCCCUACAAUUCCUGCUCGUUUUGCACAGCACUCGGGAGGAUUCUUUCUCUGUGUCCCCCUCGCCCCCCCCCCUUUUUUGGUGUGUCUCUCAGAUCUUGAUCUGGAUGAGGAAACAGUUUUGGGGAGCAUUUUCUCUUUAAAAAAUCAUCUCUGCCUGGUGGUGUAGAGGUGAUGUAGUCUGAAGAGGACCAAGCAGUCUAAAAAAUAUCCCAGCGGAUCGGGUUGUUUAUGGAGCUUUGGGCUGGGGCCAAGCCCGCUGCCCUGCCCCCAUCCUGUUGCCGAGGCAAUGGUGCCCCGGCUCCGCGGAGGACAGCAGCCGCCGGGCCUCCGGGGCUGACCCUGGAGGAGAAGGAGGAGGAGGGGACAGCAGCGGUGGAGUCAGAGCUGGAGCAGCAGCAGCAGCAGGGCUUGGGAGCGCGGCCGGACCCAGUACUAUGGCUGUGUAUUGCUAUGCGCUGAACAGCCUGGUGAUGAUGAAUAGUAGCAAUAAUGUGGAGAGCGGCAGCGGUGGCUGCAGCAGCGGCAGCAGCAAGACGCCCCCGCCCCCUGGGAGACCCGGGCUGCCGGUGCCCGUGCUGAGCCCGGGCGGCGGCAGCGUCUUCAGUCCGGGGAGAGGCACCUCCUUCCUCUUUCCUCCAGCCGGUCGGCUGUCUCCCGACGAGUCCGGGAGCCGCGGGAGUUGGCGGGGCGGCGGCAGCAGUUGCAGCAGCAGCAGCACGAGCAGCAGCAGCAGCAGCAGCAGACGGAGGCUGAACAGUAGUAGCAGCAGCGUGGGCAGCCCGAGUUGGGCACCCCGUCUGGGAGGGGAGGGGCAGCAGGUGGUGUCCCCGGGCAGCCUCUCCCCAACCGGGCCGGAGGAGGCCAAGAAGAAGCUGAGGAUCUUGGAGUGGGAGCUGCAGAACGUGCAGGUGAACCAGAAAGUGGGCAUGUUCGAGGCGCACAUCCAAGCGCAGAGCUCCGCCAGAGAAUUGUCCCGGAGCCCCCGGCUGGGCAGGGCCCGCUCGCCCUCCCCUUGCCCGUCCCGCAGUAGUAGCCAGCCCCCCGGCAGGGUCCUUACGGAGUACACCCGGAUCGAGGAGAGGAGAACAAAAUCCUGGGGAGAACAAUGCCUGGAGACCCCAGUGGACAUGGGGAGCAAGGAGGGCCAAUUCCGAGAGACUAGAGGCUCAGUUCCCCCCCUGGAGACAGAAAGGGGGGAACUUACCCUCAGGGCGCCUGGUCGGGCCACUCCGAUGGAGAUUGGGAACUGGAGCCUAGUACGUGGGGCACAGGACUCCCCAUCUGGGUUGGAGAUGGAGAAGGUGUCCCCAACAGAGCGAGCCUGUGGCUCAUUCACGACUAAGGAGGUCCACCAGAGAGGUCAUCCUCCACCUGGAGUGCAGGGCUGCGAGACCCUUGGAGGAUCUGGGGGAGCAAAGCUCGCUAGAGAAGCCGGCUCAGCCGGGGCUAAAGGAGUAGAAAGGAGGGGCUCCACAGGCAGGGAGCCCCCCUCUGAGGUUUUCUCCCAGGAUUCCUCUGCCUGGAGAGAGAGAGGUUUUGCUUCUUUUGGCGUGAGUGCCCAGGAGAACCAAGGGCACAGAGAGGGGGGAGCCAGGUGCAGUGGGACACCUGCGGCUCAAGAGAAGAACAGGAUCGGUGCCUCCAAGGCUCUUGAGAAGUUGGAGAAAGGAAACCUGCCUGGCCGAGUGCAGGGAUCCAUGACUCCUGUGGAAAGUGAGAGCCCGACCACCCCGUCUUUGGAUAUGCAAAGCUCGUCGCCCUCUGAGUCCCGGGGUUGCACUGGGUCAUCCACAGAGCCCAGUGGAGCAGCCCCAGUGGAGCCCCAAAAGAAGGGGUCCCUGCUAGUUUUAGUGCAGAGGCCAGACUCUGAGCAAGGGGAGAAAAUAGGGACCAAAUCACUUGGAAUUUCAGGCAGGGCUGUGCAUCUGGGGAAGGUGGAGGUGGAGCCGGAGUCGGGAAUUCUUCCUGGCUACAUGCAAGCCACUGUGCCUUGCAGAGAUCUAGUAGAAAAGGAGGAAGGGUAUCAGUGUUCUCCCAAGAACAGUUUUGGUGUGCCGUUCAAAAGCUUGGUGACUUGGCCUGGCCCGAUGGAAGAGGCCGGCACAACCUGGACGGACCCUGGUAAGGUGGUACAAUCAGAUGGGACUUCAGAGAGGAAGCAGCAACAGGAACAGCAGGAGAACCGUCAGGGUAAAGAGCUGACCCCUGAAUCUGCUAGGAAACCUUCCCUGAGGGAGGCUGGCUGUCCCAGCAACAUCCCAGCAGUCAUUAUCACAGAUAUGGGCGCCCUGGAGGAUGGGGGCUUAGAGGAAGCUCAGGGAAGCCCUCGAGGCAUCAUGCCUUUGAGAAAGCUGUCUUCCUCCUCUGCCUCUUCCACUGGUUUCUCCUCAUCCUAUGAUGAUUCAGAGGAGGACAUUUCCAGUGAUCCAGAGCGCUCUUUGGACCCCAACUCGGCUUUCCUCCACACCCUGGAUCAGCAGAAACCCAGAGUGAGCAAAUCAUGGAGGAAAAUCAAGAACAUGGUGCACUGGUCUCCCUUCGUCAUGUCCUUCAAAAAGAAGUACCCUUGGAUCCAGCUGGCCGGGCACGCAGGGAGUUUCAAAGCAGCCGCCAAUGGCAGGAUCCUGAAGAAACACUGUGAAUCAGAGCAACGUUGUCUUGAUCGCCUCAUGACAGACGUUCUGAAGCCCUUUGUCCCUGCCUACCACGGGGACGUAGUGAAGGACGGGGAGCGGUACAACCAGAUGGAGGACUUGCUGGCUGAGUUUGACUCUCCCUGUGUGAUGGACUGCAAGAUGGGAGUCAGGACCUAUCUGGAAGAGGAACUUACCAAAGCCCGGAAGAAGCCCAGCCUUCGCAAGGACAUGUACCAGAAGAUGAUUGAAGUGGACCCUGAUGCCCCAACAGAAGAGGAGAACAAUCAGAGGGCAGUGACCAAGCCCCGGUACAUGCAGUGGAGAGAAACCAUUAGCUCCACAGCCACCCUUGGAUUCAGGAUCGAGGGCAUCAAGAAGGAAGAUGGCUCCGUGAACCGAGAUUUCAAGAAGACCAAAACAAAGGAACAAGUUACUGAAGCUUUCAGAGAAUUCACUAAGGGAAACCGUAACAUCCUGAUUUGUUACCGGGACCGGCUGAAGGACAUCCGUGCCACCUUAGAAAUCUCACCAUUCUUCAAGUGCCAUGAGGUCAUCGGCAGCUCUCUCCUCUUCAUCCAUGACAAAAAAGAGCAAGCCAAGGUAUGGAUGAUUGACUUUGGAAAAACCACGCCCCUUCCAGAGGGACAGACCCUCCAACACAACAUCCCUUGGCAGGAAGGGAACCGAGAAGAUGGCUACCUCUCAGGACUGGACAAUCUCAUUGACAUCUUAACAGAAAUGUCUCAGAGUGAGGCCCUCCCCUGAGAGCCAUUUCUUUCCCUCCUCCUUGUUCUCAGUCUUCUCUCCUUCUCUCCCCCUUCUCUCCCCUGCUAUCUGGAUUCUAGAACUGACUUCCAAACUGCACUAUAAGACACUUUCUAGAGGAGGAGAAGGAAAAAAAAAAAAGAGUUUUCCAGGCUCUCUCUUUUAAGUUUUUAAAGGGUUUGUGUUAGGGUUUGGGCUGUUUUUUCUGUUCUGUUUUCCUCUGAAUAGAAUGGCAUACUAGAACAAUGAUUACAACAACGAAAAGCCCAAAUUCAGGUUUGACUACUUCUAGGAAAGAAUCCAUUUGGUUUUUGAGGGUUGGGGGGAGAUGGUGGCUGCCCCAGUGGUCCCCAGAGCAUCUUUGAGCUUGUCCUGAUCCAUUCCCCCAGCCAGAUUCAUGCAAGCUUUUAAAUACUACAUUUUUGUCCUCCAGACCAAGGUUUUUUCAUUCUUGCCGCCGUCCUGUAGAGAGGAUGCUCUAACCUUGGCCCACGGAGACAGCACAAAACAGAUCAGUAGCUACCCUAUGGAGGGAACCCCCGAGCAAACGUGUUGGCAAGGAUCAAGCUUGUCUAUGGAGACUUGCUACCAUCUAGUGGCUAUUUUGGGUAAUGAUUGCCCUGGAAUCUUGGGUAAGAGACUUUCAGAAUUUUUACAGUCAGAGAGAACUUGCAGGAACCUGGAAUAAUCAGCCUUGGGGCUGCUGGAACACUUAGAGCAGAUGCCUUAAUCUCACCACCUCCAGUCUGAAAUGCAAUCCUUGGGGAAGUGGAGCCAUAGUAUUUCUAAAUUCAGUAGCAAUUUUUUUUUUGAAGGUGGGGAGAAGGGUGGAGAACUUGGUCUCCCUAUCCUGGGCUGGAAAUUUAGUACCACCACCACUUCCAUUACCCCACCCCCCACCCCCCCUCCCCCCACAGGGCCAG